AUGUCUUCAUCUACAUCAAGUGGCGCCGACGAGGAACACAUCCAAAAAUUCGACCAAGUCCUUCAACAAUUUUAUCAAAUUGUUGAAGCUAUUGAUGAACCGGAGCCGGAUCAACCACGCCCUCGAAGAAGGCCGAUCAAGAAAGCGUACAUUCGUCGGGACCGUGAAGCCGGAGCUUUACGAUUGUACGAGGAUUAUUUUGCAGAAAAUCCGGUCUACACCGAUGCUAUUUUCCGGAGUCGAUUUCGUAUGUGUCGUCCUUUAUUUUUGCGUAUCGUCGACAAGGUGCAAUCAGAUCCAUACUUCCAACAACAAGAGGAUGCUACAGGGAGACCCGGCUUCACACCAUUGCAGAAAUGCACGAUUGCUAUUCGUAUGCUAGCAAAUGGUGGAGCAGCUGACCAGUACGACGAGUACCUACGGAUUGCGGAGUCUACUUCGUUGGAUUGCAUGCGCCGCUUCUGUGCGGUGGUCAUCCAACGCUUCGGCACGGAGUACUUGAGGAGACCAACCCCUGCCGACUACCAAAGGCUCAUGGCAAUGCACGAGGCGAAACACGGCUUCCCGGGAAUGCUUGGAAGUCUUGAUUGCAUGCACUGGGCCUGGAAAAAUUGUCCAGUGGCAUAG